AAGAAUCCAUCGCAGCUUUCCUCUCCAGCACCACACAAGGACUGCUGAUAUAUAUUAAGGUUGCCUCUCAGCAUAUGUCACAGUGGAAGAUUCCAGAACAUAGGCCUCUUGUUGCCUUGGUAAUAGAAAUGUCAUGGUAUAAAGUAUAUUUCCUUCUCUGCUGGUUGGGAUUCCUGUGCAUUGGACCUCUCACAAGGCACAUAUACGACAGCUUCAAGUUUCCAGACUGAGUGACAGCUGAAUUAUGAGACAGUCCUGGGCAUGAAAGCAUACGAGGCCAUGCCUUUGCUGAAGCCACUGGGGCUGGUCAUUGCCUAGAUGGGGUGUGCUGCCUUGGGUUCCAUGACGGAACAGGAAUGGUUGCCCGUUGAAUCUUGAAAGCCACAGCUUGAGUUGUUCUUCCCACACCCAAUCUUGACACUUGGUGCUCCAGGCAAAUGUUCCUGAUGAUCUGAACUUUAGUUGGGGAGGAGUUUUCCGAGUGGAGUAGAGGGCAUGAUUUUCAUAGGCUGGAGGCGACUGAUAUGCCUGUUAGGUAGAGAAGUCUUCAGAAAAGGUUUAAAGCAAAAGGAUCAAAGCAGCUGUUCACUUCGGAGAUGCUACCACCAGAGGACUUCAGGAAGACUCCUGGAUCCAGAGAUGAGAGCAUUUCUGGAGGAGAACACUGAAGUCAUCAGCAGCGGGAACCUGACACCAGAAAUAAGCUUAAGGCUUCUGACACCUCACUGCCGAUUUUGGCAUGACAAAGCUGCCUUAUGGCCAUAUGGGGACCCCUACUGGGCAAUCUAUUGGCCAGGAGGCCAAGGGCUAGCCAGAUACCUUCUUGAUAACCCCAAGGUUGUCAGAAUGAAGAAAGUUCUAGACCUCGGAAGCGGUUGUGGAGCAACAGCCAUAGCAGCCAUGAUGAGUGGUGCAUCGCAGGUUGUUGCCAAUGACAUCGAUCCUGUUGCAGGAGCUGCCAUGAUGCUAAACUGUGAAUUGAACAGCCUGAAUCCUUUCCCUGUUCUCACAGAGAAUCUCAUCGAUAGAGAGCAGGACAGCUGGGACUGGGAUGUUAUUGUCCUGGGGGAUAUGUUUUACAAUGAUGAGCUUGCGGACAGCCUUCAUCAUUGGCUGAAGAAACACACUGAGACUCAUAUUACUAAUGUGCUCAUCGGGGACCCUGGCAGGCCCCAUUUUGUGUGCCACAAAAUUCAGAGAGAGCUGCACAAAGUCAGUGAGUACACCCUCACCAAAUCAACACAGCAAGAAAACAAUGGCUCAACCAGUACUGUGGUCUGGCACUACCAGCCUUGACAUUCAGUGGGUUUCAAACUCAGAGAUACUGGAUUAUAGAGUGUUAACUGAACCACUUAAAACUCUGUUUCUGGCAGUUCAAAUUCCAAUUGGUGCCAAUGCAUACAAUACUUCCUGUAUACAUUGUGUUAGCAUAUAUGCAUCCAAUAUGUUUCACUGACAUAGCAUGGUUUGCACCAGCUGAAAAUGCCACUUUCAUAGGACAACAGUAAUAAUAAUAUGAAAGAAAAAAACACUUUGCCUUACAAUUCCCUCUUUAGUCAAUGGAAAUAAAAUAUGUGUG